AUGGAACAUCCUUCAGCAGCCUGGUCUGCCCAGGCUCCCUCUCCCGAAAAGUCAUGCGAGCUCUAUAUACGCGACUAUCCUCACCGGUCUAUUGCCAUCGUGUCGUCCUCUCAUACUCUAAUAUUCCGAUACACCUCAUCCACCAGUGAAGCCAUCGCGAACGGCUCGCUUACAUCCUUAGCUACGAUUUCGAGACCCCGCGGGAACGUCGGCGAGACUCUAGUAUCAAAAUGCAUGGUCGAAUUCGCACCUAUUUCGAAAGACCUACUGCAAGACUAUCGUCGUCUAACUCAUCGACCGAUUUAUGGAACAUUGGGCUUGAUCACGGUCAACAGCGAGGUCUUCCUAUCUAUCAUUACACAUGCGACGCGCGCUGCCACCUUACGGCCUGGCGAGACCGUGGAACGUAUAGGCGGAGUCGCAUUCUAUUGCUUGAGUAGCGCAGACUACGACGAUGUUGUUCCCCUCGAAUCGCUGGAUCCCGAGUUUUUAGAUUCUGCAUCGGUGCAGUCGGCGCCUUACGGUCAAGGCCUUGGUCGAAGGGAGGUGGCCAUGGAGCAUCCUUGCCAUGAACUGCGCAACCUACUCAGCAAUGGAACCUUUUACUACAGUACAGAUUUCGAUCUGACGAACCGACUUCAAGACAGACCCAUCAACUCCAACUCGUUUGAGAUUGACAACUUCGACGAUGGAUUCCUCUGGAACUCAUUCAUGAUCAGUCCUCUUGUGCAGUUUCGCUCUCGACUUAUGCCAAAUGAACGAGCAGCUCUUGAUUCGUCGCGCAUACUUACUUCAGCAAUUCGUGGCUUUUGUAAAACAAUGACCAUUCCGCUGAGCUCAUCGCCCCUGAAGAAUGUCAAGUCAGGGAUGCCCUCAUUUAUGACUCUCAUAUCUCGAUUGUCUUGUCGCAGAGCUGGAACUCGCUUCAAUUCGCGAGGUAUCGACGAUGAUGGACACGUAGCUAACUUUGUUGAGACUGAAACCACUUUCUGGAGUCCAGCAGGAACAAUGUUUUCGUAUGCUCAAGUGCGUGGAUCGGUUCCAGUGUUCUGGGAGCAGGCCGCCGACCUGAUUCCAGGUCGCCAGAAGAUCACAGUCACCAGAUCUCCCGACGGCACGCAACCUGCCUUCAACAAACAUUUCGAGGAGCUUGAGCAAUCCUAUGGAGCAGUUCAUGUCAUCAACCUUCUUAGUGAGACUAAACCGGGUGAGGUCGAGCUCAGUAACCUCUACCAUAAGGGUAUCAAGCAUUGUCCUUUGAGUCACGCAGAGCAGGGUGGAUCUUCGGAUCAUGCCCUCUUGCGAGAGACAAAUUAUGAUUUCCACGCCGAGACGAAGGGGCCCGCCGGAUACGAGGCUGCUCGGGAUAUUCGUCGCUAUAUUGAGAAUUCCACCGAUGCUUUUGCAUACUUCUUAGCUGAAGAGACGACCGAGCCCAGGUAUGAACAGGAUAACGCUGGACAUACGCGUAUGGUGGUCGUGCUUCAGCAGGAGGGUGUUUUUCGAACCAACUGUCUUGACUGUCUUGAUCGAACCAACCUUAUACAGACAAUGAUCUCGCAAAUGGCGGUUGAGGCUUUCCUAGGACACCGUGGCGAAUACGCUGCGUCCGAUUUCUGGAUGAGGCAUUCCAGUCUAUGGGCAGAUAAUGGUGAUUCCUUGUCCAAAACUUACGCUGGAACGGGUGCCCUCAAGUCGUCUUUCACGCGCCACGGCAAGAUGUCACUCGCUGGAGCGGUCGCUGAUGUACGCAAGUCCGUACAGCGUAUCUACCACAACAACUUUCUCGAUCCUUCUCGCCAGAUCACUAUUGACAUGCUUCUGGGUCGUCUUGUUGGGCAAGCACCGGUGCUACUGUUUGAUCCCAUUAGCGACUUUGUGUCAUCAGAGUUGGCCAAGAGGAGUAGUGAGUUCACUUCAUUUAACAGCAUCACCAUAUGGGUUGGCACUUUCAAUCUCAACGGGCGUACAGAAGGCGUUGAAGAUGAUCUCGGGCCUUGGUUGUUCCCAGAAGCUCUGGGUAAUGCCCAGCCAGAUAUUUUUGUGGUUGGAUUCCAGGAGAUUGUCGAGCUCAGUCCUCAGCAGAUCAUGAACAGUGAUCCGUCACGGAAGAAUCUCUGGGAGCAAGCUGUAAAGUACAAUCUCAACGAGCGGCAGAAGCGAUUGGGCGGCGAGCGAUAUGUGUUGCUUCGAAGUGGACAGCUUGUUGGAGCAGCACUAUGCAUCUUUGUCAAGACGCCUAGUCUAGCCAACAUUAAGAACGUCGAGGGCAGCGUAAAAAAGACGGGCAUGUCUGGCAUGGCUGGAAACAAGGGCGCGGUGGCGAUUCGAUUCGACUACGCCAACACUCACAUAUGUUUCGUCACGGCACAUUUGGCCGCUGGAUUUUCCAACUACGAUGAACGCAACCGCGAUUACGCCACAAUUCACCAUGGCUUACGUUUCCAGAGAAAUCGUGGUAUUGAUGACCAUGACGCUGUGAUUUGGUUGGGCGACUUCAACUAUCGUAUUGGUCUUAAUUCGGAGACUGCGCGCGCUCUUGUCAAGAAACGUGACUUUGAGACGCUGUAUGAGAAUGAUCAGCUUAAUCUUCAGAUGGUAGCUGGGUUGUCGUUCCCUUUCUAUUCUGAAGCUCGCAUUACAUUUCCACCCACGUACAAGUUCGACAUUGGGACUGACAACUAUGAUACAUCUGAGAAGGCGCGCAUUCCUGCAUGGACGGAUCGUAUUCUUCGAAAAGGUUCCAACCUGAGACAAUUAUUAUAUAACUCGGCACCCCUGAAGUUCUCCGAUCAUCGACCUGUUCAUGCUGCAUUUGAGUGUAAAGUAAGCAUCGUUGACGAGCAAUUGCGAGAAACGAUCAGCAAGGAAUUGUAUCAACGUCGAAAGGCCGAUGUUGGAGACGCAACGGCUCAUCUCGGGACUGGUGAGGACAGCGAUGACGAAGAUCUCAUCGGGUAUGAUUCUAUCGAGCCUGGACUGCCUCCUGCAAGCUCUGAUCGCCAGAAAUGGUGGCUCGAUAAUAAACAGCCUGCUCGCGCUGCAGUGCCUGUGCCCAAACCUAGGAGCGGACAGGCAGUUGGACUCAAUCCCAACCGUCCCUCGAAUCCAUUUGGUCUUACGGAGGAACCAGACUGGAUCUCUAUCCCAAGGUCGUCUUCAAAAGCAUCACUAUCCAGCAUGUCGAGCUCACCGUUUGAAAAGGUCAGCUUGCCUAACUCGAUGGCGUCGACUUCGAGUAUUCAACCUCGAAAGCUGCCUCCGCCGUAUGAUCCAUCAUCAUUGCCAGCCAAGGUAGGACGUAUCAACCUUAUGGAUGACCAGACUCCCAUGGGCCAUGUCGAGACGCCGCCUCCACCUCCGCCUCCCCGACGAGGAACGUCAGGGAUGGCACCGAACACUGGAUUUGGUCUUAAUAGAGUUCAGACUCAGUCGCAGCCGCUGCCACCCCCUCUAAGGCCAACAUCAGCAGCCUCGCACGUUUCUCAGUUCUCGCAAAAUAGUAAGGGCGGUAAGCCGGCGCCCCCAGUGGCAAAGAAGCCGGCACAUUUGACCACAACAUCACCCAGUUCGAGCCCUGGGCUGAGUCACAGCCUUAUGGAUGAAGACUUUCGACCUCCGCUGCCGUCGAGAGCUCAAACUGGCGGCCCUAUGGGAGGUCAUCAACUACCAGGCCUCGGAGCCGCUGCACGGAAACCUGUUGGGCUACCGAACCAAGGAACUAACGGAACGGGUCUAAAGCCGUCAAGUUCAAUCGGGGGUUCCACGGGCGGGGUGCCAUCGCGCCGACCCGCGCCGCCGGUACAGCCCAAGCCGCAAUUACCGCAGCCAAAUCAACACCAACGGCAAGGAUCGAUGGAUUUGCUAGGUUCGCUGGACGACAGUCAGAAUGUUGGAGGAUGGGAGACAUUGAAGCCAAGCACGAGAACAUAA